AUGACUGCUGGCACCGCCUCUCUAUUGUCGUUCCUAUUUCUAUUUGUGAUUUGCUGUUCUCUAAUUCACCAAUUGAGCGCACUUUCUUUUAACAAUAUUUCAACAAUUGUUGGAGGAGGAAGUUUUAUUGGUGAUGGGUUGAUUUCAACCAAUGCCUUGUUGAACUAUCCAUCUGGUAUGGCCAUGUAUAAUGGUGAUUUAUUAAUUGCUGAUUCGUUUAAUCACAGAAUUCGAAAGGUUUCGUUUUCAAGUAGUGGCGUUAUUUCAACAAUUGCUGGUAUUGGUUCUUCAUCAUUUAGUGGUGAUGGCGGUUUGGCAAUUAAUGCAGAGUUGAAUUUUCCAAGUGGUGUUGCUGUUCAUUCUAAUGGUGAUGUCUAUAUUGCAGAUAAGUCUAAUCAUGUUAUUAGAAAGGUUUCGGCUCUCAAUGGAAAGAUCACAACAAUUGCUGGAAUUGCAGGUGAAACUGAAUUGAACAAGUACAGUAACUCAUUAGCAACAAAUACCACACUUAAUUCUCCACAAUAUCUUGCCGUCAAUUCUUCAACUGCAGAAGUCAUCAUUUCAGAUACAAAUAACAAUGUUAUUCGAAAGGUCUAUCUUAAUGGAACUAUUGUAACAAUUGCUGGAGUUUAUGGAAGUUCUGGAUACUCUGGUGAUAAUGGAAAUGCAGUUUCAGCCAAACUCUUCAAUCCAAAGGGAAUAAUCAUCAACUCAAUUGGUGAAAUUAUUUUUGCUGAUUCUAGAAAUCACAGAAUUAGAAAGAUUUCUAAAAAUGGAAAGAUUACAACAAUUGCAGGAACUGGAACUGCAGGAUUGAGUGGGGAUGGUGGUUUGGCUACAAGUGCCAAAUUGAAUUAUCCAAAUAGUGUUGCAUUGGAGUUUGACCUUUAA